UGGCGCACCUCUCCGGGCCAGUCCCGGAGCCGCUGCAUAGCAGGGCGCCGGCGAGGCGAGAGGCGAGGACGAAAAGCCCCGGGGGCCCAGGCCUGGCCGCCGCCCCAAUAUGGCUCGUGGACAGCAGAAGAUUCAGUCUCAGCAGAAAAAUGCCAAAAAGCAAGCUGGACAAAAGAAGAAACAAGGACAUGACCAAAAGGCUGCUGCCAAAGCUGCCUUAAUAUAUACCUGCACUGUGUGUAGGACACAAAUGCCAGACCCUAAGACCUUCAAGCAGCACUUUGAAAGCAAACACCCUAAGACUCCACUUCCUCCAGAAUUGGCUGAUGUUCAGGCGUAAAGUUGUUUACAGGUGAAUUCAUGACACCUUUGACUCUUCUACUGUCUCAGACCUUAGGUAACAAACCUGCAGCUGCUUUUCUAACAAACUGUUGAUCAGCAAAAAUAAAGGGGCUACAGAAACACUCAUUUUUAUGCUGUUCCCUUUUGGGCUUCAUGCAAAGACAAUUCUGUGUAAAUGUACAGUUGACUCUGAUUUGGAAAUCUGAAAUCAGUCCAUCCUUGUUAUAAAAAAUUUUUUUACAAUUGUAAUUAUAUUGAUGUUCAUAUUGUGUAAAAUAACUCAUUUAAUAAAGUAGUACUUUGAUUUUACAACAUCACAGGAUAAAUGGUUCUAGAAAUUCUGUUCUAACUUUCCACAUGAUUUGCCUUAUAAAAAUCUAAUGAAUUUGUCAGCUAGAAUCGCAAGCGCAGUUCUUAUCUCCCUUUCCCGGCGCUGUGGCAGGUUCCUUAGUUACGUCAGAGCAGACUCAGUCACGCGGUGUAUUGGCAGCUGCCGAUCUAGGUGAAGGACUUACCUGCUGCCUUAGUGUAUUACCGCCAUGUGUCAUUCCCCCUCUGACCUCCCCUGUGUUUCAGGUUGGAAUAUUUUAACCUGCUCUAUGAGCUGGCAGCUGCCAGCCAAGUCCACCCUGUAGAUAACUGAUAAAUUCCUAACGCAGUUGGAUUUUCAGCGAGCCCUUCUGAAAGAUUAGGUUCUGAAGUGUGUGCCAUAACGAGCUAAUCAGUAGUUUAAUACAAAACAUGAUGAGUCAUGUAUGAACUGGUAAAGAUUAAUGUAAAUUAUACCAGAUUCUUUCAAAAUUCUUCAAGCUCAUUAAUUUGAAAUUAAAACUCCAUAUUGAAGGAGUUUUUUCAAAUUAUUAACAAUUUGGCCAAUUUUAUGAGUGGUUUUCAUUAUUAGGAAGAUUGGAAUGACUUGCUGCUGGGUCAAUUCCCAGAACCUUCUCCCUCCUUUCAUUUCCUUGUCAGUGAAUGGUUGGUUUUAGAAGUUUACUUUGUACUGGUUCCUACAAUCAAUUCAAUAUGUUUUGUCUGAACUAGAAAAGUAUUAAAAUAGGCCAAUGUCCACAUUGGUUUGGCUCUAAGGAUGGGGAAGUGGGUUGGUUCAGAUGGAUGAGGAAAUCCUGCCCAGUUAAGGAAAACUAAUUUUAGGUUUCUUCUAAUUUGCUUUGGUCAGCUAUUAACUUUACUAGUGAAACUGCUGUAACUCGGUUUAAAUUUUGAAGUUAACAGGAAGAACACUCAGCUCUUUAGUGGUAAUUGCUUAGAGCCACAAAUCUGAUCCUGUGGGUUACAAAUGCGUUCCCUCUUUCUGCUGUAACUCAUCACUGCAUUUGUUUUGUAGCUUUGCGUCUUCUGCCCACUUUGUUUGACUUCACUGUAAGUUUAAAAUAAGAUAUUUCGAGGAAAAGCUUCGGUGGCGAUAGUUUCUUAGCACCUUCUAUUACAUUCUUACUUUAAAAUAGUCAUUUUUUCCAUGUAUUUAAUUCCCUAAGUUUCAGAUUUAAUAUCUGUUAUUUCCUGAUAUGUUGGUUACCAGAACAUUAGAAUUUGCCUGAUUGCUUGUGGUGGGUAUUACAGAAGUUCUGGGUAAAUUAUAGUUUAAAGGUUUCUAAAAGUGCUUUGACCAUAUGUAUGUUUACAUUUGGUAACAAGUCAUUUAAAAACCAUUCACAAGUUUUGGGUUUUUUUUUUUUUUUCAUUUGUUUUACUGACUGUAUUCAGAAUAAAGGCUUUUUGUUCUUGUAUUUAACCCUUUUUUAUAAGCAGCUGAAGACACCAUAUUUGACUUCUAUCUCAGUGAUAGGAAAAUAGCUGCAUUGGUUUUGCAUAAGACAUUGAUUCUCAUACUUCAUGUAAGGAUUAGUACAAUCCCUUUUUAUUAUGUUUGAGUUAAAUUUUCUCUAAGGAUAAAAUUAAAAUUCUUAAGCAUCCUCAUUAUUUAAUUUGAAGAUUCUUUAACGGAUCACAGCAAAGUUUAUUAUGCAACUGUUAUGGUGUCUUCAAAGACUUUAUAAAAUCUGAGACACUGAGAGGGAAUUGGUCCGUUUGUAUUCUGUAUUUCCAUUAACUGCCAAAAGGAAUGGGGUUGAGAUUAAAUUUGUUUCACUCUACUUCGUGUGGAUCUCCACCCCCACGGCUAACUCACUGGGGGCUCAGUUGUGUGCUGUAAUGUCUUAUUAAAGAAGAUAUUAAAGAAAA